AUGGACGGCACCUACGUCAAGGACAAGUUUGUGGGCAUCCUCCAUGCCGUGGGGGGGUUUGGAAACUUCCAGCGGAGGCUGGUUGCCCUCACCUUCAUCCCCAACAUGAUGUCGGCCUUCUUCAUGGUUGCUGAUACCUUUGUGUUUGCGGCCCAGAAGGCCUACUGCAACACCAGCUGGAUUCUGACCGUGGGCCCCAACUUGUCCGAGGCUGAGCAGCUGAACCUGACCCUGCCCCGGGAGCCCAACGGCAGCUUCCUGACGUGUCUCCAGUACUCACCGGUGGACUGGGAUCUGGACUCCAUCACCCAAUUCGGCCUCAACCACACAGAGAUCUGCUACAAUGGAUGGAUCUACCCUGAGUCCAAGAAACGACUGGUGACAGAAGAGUUUGACCUGGUGUGUGGCCAAGAACCUCCCAGGGUAUUGGUACUGGCGGUGUACAUGGCGGGCCUCCUGCUGGGAUCUAUUACCUUCGGGCUCCUGUGUGACAGACUGGGCCGCUACUGCACCAGCCUCCUGUCGCUGCUGGGGCUGCUGGUCUUCGGCUUCGGCACAGCCUUCGUGAACAGCCUGAAUGUCUACCUGUUCUUCCGCUUCGGAGCCUGCCAGGCCGUGGCUGGCUACACCAUCAGCAGCUUGUCUUUAAUCACGGAGUGGCUGGUGAGCGAGCACCGGGUCCGGGUGGUCAUCCUGUCGCACUGCUGUUUCGCUGUGGGCCUCUUGUUCCUAUCUGCCCUGGCCUACAGCCUCCCACACUGGCGGCUGCUGUUUCUGGUGGGCGGAGUGCCCGCCUUCUCCUUCAUUCCCUACAUCUGGAUCCUCCCAGAGUCCCCACGGUGGCUGUUGCUGAGAGGGAAGGUGGAAGAGGCCAAGCAGGUACUGUCCUACGCAGCUUCCUUGAACAAGCAGAUCAUUCCUUUCAGCAUGCUCAGAAAGCUGCAGCUGCCGAACAAGCAGGUGACUAAGACGUCUGUCCUGGACUUGUGUAGCAACAGGUACAUCUGCCAGGUGAUCUUGGUAAUGAGCAUCAUAUGGUUUACCAUCAGCUACAGCUAUUUAACACUGAAUCUCAAGGUGGGGGAUUUUGGCCUGAACCCCUAUGCCAGACUCAUAGUCUCCAGCCUCUUAGAGGUCCCUGUCCGGCUGUGCUGCAUCCUGCUCCUGGAGCUGAUUGGCAGGAAGUGGACCCUGGCAAUAACACUGCUCUUCGGCUCCCUGAUGUGCUUGCUUAGCCUUCUCAUCUCCCAAGAGUUGAAAUUCAUGGUGCUCUCGAUAAUCCUGCUGGGAGAGGUCAGCCUGGCCAACUCGGUCACCCUGGUCUUCAACUACACUGCCGAACUCCUGCCUACCACACUCAGGGCCACAGGUUUGGGGGUCCUGUCUCUGCCCUUGAUGAUUGGUGCUGUCUUAGCCCUGAUGGCCCUGCUCGUCAGACAGAGAUUAGCCCUCCUGCCCAUCUUACUCUCCUUUUCCUUGGCGUCUCUGGCCAUGUACCUCUGCUGCCUACUGCCGGAGCUGCAGGACGGGUUGUUCUCGGACAAGGAGCACGUGCCCGAGCUGCUAAGCUUACAGAAAGACAUUAACCUGGAGUCGUGCGUCGACCCUGCCAAUGUCCUCACGGAAGAUUCAUCCUCGGAGGAUGUGAGUGAGGAGGCAGCGAAGAACGCCAUUCUCAAUGCCAGGCCUCUGAAGGUGAGGCCAGAGGCCUUCAGCACCCUGCCGAAGCAGCCCAUAGACAAGGCAGGGAACGCACCCAACAACUGAGGGCCGGCAUGCA